AUGGUCAAGGAAACCAAGUUCUACGAUACCCUGGGGGUUUCCCCAACUGCCACUGAGCAGGAGCUCAAGAAGGCCUACAAGACCGGUGCCUUGAAAUACCACCCUGACAAGAAUGCGCACAACCCCGCUGCAGAGGAAAAGUUCAAGGAAAUCUCCCACGCCUACGAAAUUCUCUCCGAUUCACAGAAGCGCCAGAUCUAUGAUCAAUAUGGCGAGGCCGGCCUCGAGGGCGGUGCCGGCGGUGGUGGCAUGGCCGCCGAGGACCUGUUUGCCCAGUUCUUCGGCGGAGGCGGCUUUGGAGGAGGUCUUGGCGGCAUGUUUGGAGGCGGCGGCAUGAACCGUGGCCCUCCCAAGGCCCGAACCAUCCACCACACUCACAAGGUCUCCCUCGAGGACAUCUACCGCGGCAAGAUCUCUAAGCUCGCUCUUCAAAGGUCCAUCAUCUGCCCCAAGUGCGAGGGUCUUGGUGGCAAGGAGGGCGCUGUCAAGCGCUGCCCUGGCUGUGAUGGUCACGGCAUGAAGACCAUGAUGCGCCAGAUGGGUCCUAUGAUCCAGCGAUUCCAGACUGUCUGCCCCGACUGCAACGGAGAGGGUGAGAUCAUCAAGGAGAAGGACCGAUGCAAACAGUGCAACGGAAAGAAGACUACCGUCGACCGCAAGGUCCUCCACGUCCACGUCGACAAGGGUGUUAGAAGCGGCACCAAGGUCGAGUUCCGAGGUGAGGGUGACCAAGCGCCUGGUGUCCAGGCUGGCGAUGUCGUUUUCGAGAUUGAGCAGAAGCCUCACGCCCGCUUCACCCGUCGGGAAGACGACCUGCUCUAUGUUUGCGACAUCGAGCUCAUCACUGCCCUUGCCGGUGGUACCAUCUACGUCGAGCACCUCGACGACCGGUGGCUCGCCAUUGAUAUUCUCCCUGGUGAGGCCAUUGCUCAAGAUGCUGUCAAGAUGGUUCGUGGCCAGGGUAUGCCUUCUCCCAGGCACCACGACUUCGGCAACAUGUAUAUCCGAUUUAACGUCAAGUUCCCCGAGAAGAACUGGACCGAGGACCCCGAGGUCUUCGAGUCCCUCCGCAAGGUUCUCCCCCCGCCCUCUGUCCAGAACAUUCCUCCUCCCGAUGCCAUGUCGGAGCCCGCCAGCCUCGAGGAUCUCGACAACCAAGCUCAGACCAGAGUCUUUGGUAACUCCGACGGUAUGAUGGAUGAAGAUGAUGAGGAUGGCCACCCUGGUGGCGAGCGCGUGCAGUGCGCUUCGCAGUAA